AUGGCGGAUCGUGAAGCGGGUAAGUGGCCUUUAUGUUUCGAUAUUUGGACCAAUGAUUGCAUCUUGAAUGUACUUAAUAGAGCAUUAAGUCAUAUCCAAAUGUAUCAAAUAUGUGGCAAAGUAUUCGCAACAACAAAAAAACUGUUUGACCUAUUCUCUCGGUCUGUCUGAUCGCACUCCCUCCGUGGGUUUCAAUGUAUCAACGUCAUAGGUUCUAUCAAGAUGAUUAUGAUAGGCUAGUGGCUACAAUAACGCUGUGAUACUUGACAUUUUAGAGUUCUAUUUCCCCACAUACGCGGAUUAAUUAUUAUGUCAAGAUUUGUCUACAAAUUGCAGAUUCAAACCUCUCGUGCUCCUACAUGAUUUACAGUAGGCUACUUUUUUUUAGACUGCCUAUUACGAAAACGAAAUAGAAUUGGCAAUUGCAUAUGGUAAAAUUAACCAAAAUGUCUGAUAAGGAUUUUUUUAAAUACUUGUGCUGCUGCUAAUUAUUCUCCCCUUGUACAUCAAGCUCUAUUUUGUUUGUCUCCCAAGACCCAGAGAAGGAAGAGGACACAUACGAGGUGGUCUACCUAACAGAAUAUGCCAGACGUCAACAAUGGUGGGGCCGCCUAUUUGGUGGGAACAAUUCGGGUCCUAUGUCUGGGAAGUAUUCGGUGGCCACACAAAUAGUACUGGGGGGCUUGAGUGGCUGGUAAGUCAUGCAGGCCAGGCCAGGCCAGGGUUGAUUGAUUAUGCUAUGCAUCCUCAGUACUUCUUUAGUAUCAUGUGAUAUCUCUCUCAUAUGUUGCUCAAUGCUACGGUGCUUUAUGCAUGGUAUGGUCAAAAUACAAAGGCUCCUGCUGUAGAUUAUGCUUUUUUCCAUGAAUAUUGAAGAGCACUUUAUGGGGGAUAGGGUGUCAUUUCAGUUUUGCAUUGUCUCUCACUGGCAGGUGUGCAGGAUAUCUUUUCCAAAAGGUGGGGAAGAUUGCAGCCACCGCUGUGGGUGGAGGAUUCCUGUUAUUACAGGUAGGAACUCAACACAAGUUCUUGAUUUACAGUAUAAAAGUCUAAAUGAGUUCUGUCAGCUGGCAACCCACUUCAAAGAGGAGCUUGGACUUGGAUUUAUCAAUGAAUAACACAUCUGAAUGUUUUAUAAACACAUUUCAUAAACAUUUUUCAUAGGACUGUCUGAAUGUCAUUAUUAGCCACAAUCCUUAUUGUCAUCGAUUACAGUACAUUAUGUUUUUGCUCUGGGUCUUGGUCGUCCCGAAAAUAUAAACGUUCUAUUCCUUUUCUAAUCUCCAGAUAGCCAACCACAGUGGCUAUGUGCAGGUGGACUGGAAGAGAGUGGAGAAGGAUGUCAACAAAGCCAAGAGACACCUGAAGAAGAAAGCCGACAGGGCUGUACCAGAGUUUAACUCUUUUAUUGACCAGGUAGCCCACUGCAGCUGGUCAACAUAACAUGUCUAAUAUUUAAUCAUACAAUAUUUUAUUCAUCCUACAAGGGACAAAGCAAUGUGAAUUUAAACUACACCUACUAACAUAAUAUUGACUCUGCUUACUUGUACAGACUACUAAUUCAAUUGAUGAAUUUUGCAUAUUUAUUUGUCUUUCUCUCUCGCAGUCCACAGAGUUUGUGAAGACAAACAUAAUCAUCACCAGUGGAUUCUUCGGAGGCUUCUUGCUUGGACUGGCAUCCUAA